UCAGGUGCAUCUCGGUAUAAGAAUACGUUGCUUCGAGGCAGAACCAAAGGAUUAAAGUCUCAACAGUACGAAUCUCAGUAUUGGAAAAAAGAAACAAUAACGAAAGAAACAGAACAAUUUUUCGACGCUAACAUGAAGACGGUAAUAAUCUUGGUUUGUUUGUUGGUGGGAGUUGCUGUGGCAGCACCCCAAGGAGAAGUGACGAUAACGCGGCAAGAAGAAUCGAAUAACAUCGGUCUUGGUGGUUAUCACUUCAGUUACGAACAGAGCGACGGUCAAAAGCGUGAAGAAACAGCGGAGCUCAAGGACGAGGGUACCGAAAAUGAGGCUUUGAGUAUCGUUGGUUCUUUCAGCUACGUCGGUCCGGAUGGCAAAACAUACAGGGUCGAUUAUACCGCUGACAAAGAUGGAUUCCAUCCCACCAUUUCUCUAGCCUAAAUAUCAUUUCUCACUAGCGUGUGAAAACUCGACAAAAAGGAGCAAUAAAUUACACAAAUACUGUGCUACAGACGAAAUGCUCGAAUCGAGAGUCAUCAAAAAAUUGUAAACACGUUUUCACGACCUCGUUCAAUGUCCCGUACCAUGAAUAAAUAUUUUUCGAACAUUUUUGUGCUGAUCAA